UGGCCGCUUGUUCCUGUGGAGGCUGGUGUGGCCUCACCCUGCUGGUCCCCGGCCUGGGGUCGUCCUCAGCCGGGGCCUGUCCUCCCUCCACGCUGACUCCUGGGAGGGACACCUUCGGGGUCACGGCCCCGGCACUGGGGGAGGGAUUGGUGUUUGGACCGAAGCCCUUGUUCAUCGAUGAUGGAGAUGGAGCCGGAGAAAGUCAACGUGCGGAGGGGGCUGAGCGCAGACACGUCCUCCUACCGCUGUGCUGCCUGCCACGGGGAUGAGGACGGUCUGAUGGGCCACCCCAUCCGGGGUCGCGCCAAGUCCCGCAGCCUGUCUGCCUCGCCCGCCCUGGCGAGCACCAAGGAGUUCAGGAGGACCCGCUCUCUGCAUGGGCCAUGCCCAGUGACCACUUUUGGACCAAAGGCCUGUGUGCUGCAGAACCCCCAGACCAUCAUGCACAUCCAGGACCCUGCCAGCCAGCGGUUGACGUGGAACAAGUCCCCGAAAAGCGUCCUCGUCAUCAAGAAGGUCCGGGACGCCAGCCUGCUGCAGCCCUUCAAGGAGCUCUGCACGUACCUGAUGGAGGAGAACAACAUGAUCGUGUAUGUGGAGAAGAAGGUUCUAGAAGACCCUGCUAUAGUGGGUGACGACAGCUUCGGGCCCGUGAAGAAGAAGUUCUGCACCUUCCGAGAAGACUAUGACGACAUUUCCAACCAGAUCGAUUUCAUCAUCUGCCUGGGCGGGGACGGGACCCUGCUCUACGCCUCCUCGCUCUUCCAGGGCAGCGUGCCUCCCGUCAUGGCGUUCCACCUGGGCUCGCUGGGCUUCCUGACCCCCUUCAACUUUGAGAACUUUCAGACCCAAGUGACUCAGGUGAUACAGGGGAACGCAGCUAUUAUUCUCCGGAGCCGGCUGAAGGUCAAGGUCGUGAAGGAGCUCAGAGGGAAGAAGAUGGCCAUCCCUAACGGGGUCAGUGAGAAUGGGGUGCUGGCCUCGGACUGGGACACGGAGGCCGGGAAGCAGGUCAUGCAGCACCAGGUCUUAAACGAAGUGGUGAUUGACAGAGGCCCCUCCUCCUACCUGUCCAACGUGGACGUCUACCUGGACGGGCACCUCAUCACCACGGUGCAGGGUGAUGGCGUGAUCGUCUCCACCCCAACGGGCAGCACGGCGUACGCAGUGGCGGCCGGGGCCUCCAUGAUCCACCCCAACGUGCCGGCCAUCAUGAUCACUCCCAUCUGUCCCCACUCCCUGUCAUUCCGGCCCAUCGUGGUCCCUGCAGGAGUCGAGCUCAAGAUCAUGUUGUCACCGGAAGCAAGGAACACCGUGUGGGUGUCCUUCGACGGACGGAAGAGGCAGGAGAUCCGCCAUGGAGACAGCAUCAGCAUCACUACCUCGUGCUACCCGCUCCCCUCCAUCUGCGUGCAAGACCCCGUGAGCGACUGGUUCGAGAGCCUGGCCCAGUGUCUGCACUGGAACGUGCGCAAGCGGCAGGCCCACUUCACGGACGAGGAGGGGGAGGAGGAGAGCUAGCCUCGCCGCGGCUGCACGUGUGGUCCCGUCACAUGCCCUGCCGGCAUCAGUGCCAGUCUUCUGUCUGUAGCCAGAGAAGGAGCCCAGAAUCUGCCUUGUCAGCCGCAUCAGCCGUUUUUAGCAUUUUAAAUCUGACCUUUUUUGCAUUUCUAUAUAAGCCACGUAAGCGAGUCAGGCCCAUCCCACGAGCUGCACGGGCUCUCCUGUUCUCUGUCAGGAAACCACGGGUCAGCCUGUCUCACUGAGAGGGAGCAGAGUGGAGGGACCUGUCCUUGGUGUGGAAAUAAGUGUCUCACAGCCAAGUCUUCCUGCGGCCACAGGCUCCCGUCCCGCACCUCCCGCCCCGACCCCCCAGGGGAACACCUGUGAGGAGCACUUGGGAGCUGGUCACAGGCUGGUGGGCGGAUGGGCCCCGCCUCCUACCCCUGCUUUGG